AUGUCUUUUCACAAUUUGUUCAUUUCGGCAAUGCUGUACAAAGCUCGUCAGACAAAUACUUCGAAUAUACUAAAAAUUAUUUUCAAUUUUGCUCAAAUUGUGCGCUCGGAAGCAAAUUUAGGUCUUUAUAUGACAUCAAAAAAAGCUACGUACACUCAAUGUGAUGCUCUUCUGAGAACUAUAAUAGUCGGAAAUAUUAUAACGAGAUUAUCAUUAUCAGCGUUCUUGAUAUGGCGUUUAAGACAAAUACGUAAUGUACAUAAUUUUGGGUCAGAUAAAUGGAUAAGUAUUAUAUUAUUUUCAAUUAAAAUUGCGCUUUCGAUUCCAUAUUUUAUUUUUCAACGGGCAUCUACCGAAUACGUUCCUGAUGUUGAUUUAGUUGGUUGUUUUGUUGACUCUUUUACUCCUAUACCUUAUGGCGCUUGUGGAAUUGCCGUGGAAUUUCUUAUCGAUAUAUUUUUAUCCUUUCGCUUAGUUCAAAUAUUAUUCAACGCUAAUAAGAACGCUGCUCAAGUUUCAACAAAUAUUAAAAGCAAACGAUCCUGUUUUGGACAUGAUAUACGUUCUGCCUGA